AUGGACGUGUGGGGCCCAGCCCACGUCCGUGGUCAGGGUCAGGAGCGGUACUUCCUGAUUGUUGUUGAUGACUUCUCGCGCUACACCACGGUCUUCCCCUUGCGCACCAAGGGUGACGUCCCUGAUGUCUUGAUCCCUUGGAUCCGCAGAUCUCGUCUCCAGCUCAGUGAGCGUUUCCGCUCCGACUUCCCUGUCCUGCGUCUGCACUCUGACAGAGGUGGGGAGUUUUCCUCUGGCCUCCUGGAGGCCUUCUGUCAGCAGGAGGGCAUUGAGCAGUCGUUCACGCUUCCGGCCUCUCCACAGCAGAAUGGGGUUGCUGAGCGCCGCAUUGGCUUGGUCAUGGAGGUCGCUCGUACCUCCUUGGUUCAUGCGGCUGCCCCCCACUUUCUGUGGCCGUUUGCAGUCCGAUACGCUGCGCAUCAGCUCAACCUCUGGCCCCGUGUCUCCUUACCGGAGACUUCUCCGACACUGCGUUGGACAGGAGAGGCUGGCGAUGCGUCGCGUUUUCGGGUCUGGGGAUCUCGAGCUUUUGUUCGCGACACGUCCGCGGACAAGCUCUCCCGUCGCGCUGUCCCCUGUGUCUUCCUUGGCUUUGUCCCGGACGCGCCUGGUUGGCAGUUCUACCACGCCACCUCGCGUCGUGUCCUGGCCUCUCAGGACGUCACUUUUGACGAGUCCGUCCCCUACUACCGCCUCUUCCCCUACCGCACUGCCCCGCUCCCCCCCCCGCCUCUCUUCCUCGCUCCAGGUGCUGAGGUACCAGACCCCCUCCCCCCUCAGGGUGCCGCUCCCUCAGGUGUGUCCCAGGUAGACCCGGGUGAGCCUGUCGAGGUAGCUGUUGACUCUCGUCCUGCUGGGGGUGCUGAGCCUGGGGGUGCUGAGCCUGGGGGUACUGCGUCUGGGGGUGCUGAGCCUGGGAGUGCUGAGUCUGGGGGUGCGGAGCCUGGGGGUGCAGAGCCUGGGGGUAGUGCGCCUGAGGGUGCUGAGUCUGCGGGUGCGGAGCCUGGGGGUGCUGAGUCUGGGGGUACUACACCUGGAGGAGCCCUCUCCUCACAGCGGCUGCAGGAGAGGUACCUACAGUACUGCCGCCUCCGGAGAGGUACUGCUGGAGCUGGUCGCGGUGCUUCCCCUCCUGCCCGGGAGCUCCCCCCCCUCCAGCAGAUCCGAGAGUGGUACACGAGGCGCUGCAGUCUUCGGAGUGGUGCUCCUGGUGCUGCGGACCCGGACGUUGGAGCUGCUGCUGGUGCUGCGGACCCGACUGGUGGAGCUGCUGCUGGUGCUGAGGACCCGGCUGGUGGAGUUCCUGCUGGUGCUGAGGACCCGAGCGGUGGCGCUGCUACUGGUGCUGAGGACCCGGACGUUGGAGCUGCUGCUGGUGCUGAGGACCCGGCUGGUGGAGUUCCUGCUGGUGCUGAGGACCCGAGCGGUGGUGCUGCUGCUGGUGCUGAGGACCCGGACGUUGGAGCUGCUACUGGUGCUGAGGACCCGGCUGGUGGAGUUCCUGCUGGUGCUGAGGACCCGCGCGGUGGAGCUGCUGCUGGUGCUGCGGACCCGGGCGGUGGAGCUGCUGCUGGUACUGAGGACCCUGGCACUGGUGUCUCUGCUGGUUCUGGAGACGCUACCCGGCCGCGACCGUACUUCGUACCGCUCCUUCAGCAGGUUCUUGGUCAGGCUCCUCCUCCUUGUCCUCCUCCCUCCGUAGCGUGUCCUCCGCCUGUCCAGUCCCAGUCACAGUUACCGCCUGCCUCGCCUCUCCCUGGUCCCUCUCCUUACACUGGUCCCACAGGAGGUCUUGCAGAGCGUCGUGAGCCUGCGUCUCGUCCUGCGUCGCCUGUUCGUACUGCUCGCACUGGUCGUCGUGUCCCACGUGAGCGUCCUCCUCCUGUCCCUGGCACUCACUACAUGACUCUGCGUCCCUCCACUGCUCCUCAGCGUGUCCCGCUGCCGUCUCCUCCUGCGUCCUCUCUGCCUACUCUUCCUGAUCCGGAGUCUGACUCCCGUCGUGCUGCCAGUCCCACUGUCACCCGUCUCCUCGCUACUGUUGUCACUGACCCUACCUUUGAGUCCUCUGCUGCGUCUGCUCUGGUCGCUGAGUUGAUAGACUUUGCUGCCCGGUGUCGUCUAGACUACGCCACUAGCCUUGUUGCUGAGUCCGAGUCUGAGUCUGUCUGUCCUCCGUCCGUCGGGGGUGUGUGUGCUCUUGGCACUGACGUCCUUGAGGACAGACAGGAGGAGUUCCAGUGCUUUGCUGCUUCUUUGCCCCAUCUCGUGUCCAUGCUAGUUGCCCCUGAGGGAGACCCGGAUGCACCAGACAUCCCGACCCCGCGCACCUACGCUGAGGCGAUGGCGGGUCCCUACUCCUCUCAGUGGCAGACAGCCAUGGACGCAGAGAUGGCUUCCUGGAAGUCCACAGGCACCUACGUCGACGAGGUUCCCCCACCUGGGGCGAACAUCGUCAGUGGCAUGUGGAUUUUCAGGGUGAAGCGGCCACCGGGUUCCCCUCCUGUCUUCAAGGCGCGCUACGUUGCUCGAGGCUUCAGGCAGCCUGCACGAGGAGAUCUGGCUACGCCGCCCACUGGGUCGGUUCCUCCUGGUACCCAGUGGAGGCUCCAGCGGCCAGUCUACGGUCUCCGCCAGGCACCGCGUGAGUGGCACGACACACUGAGGACGACACUUGCGGCUCUUGGGUUCGCUCCCUCUACUGCUGACCCGUCACUGUUUCUACGCACAGACACCUCGCUGCCGCCGUUCUACGUCCUCGUGUACGUCGACGACUUGGUAUUUGCCACUGCUGACACCGCGGCACUCGCCCACGUGAAGUCGGAGCUGCAGAGGAGACACACGUGCACAGACCUGGGUGAACUGACAAGCUAUCUUGGCUUGCGGAUCACCCGGGACAGAGCACGGCGCACCAUCACCUUGACUCAGUCACACAUGGUGCAGCAGAUCCUUCAGCGCUUCCGCUUCACGUACUCCUCGCCUCAGUCCACUCCUCUGCCUACCGGUCACUCGCUCUCAGCUCUGCCUUCGGAUGAGUCCGUAGAGCCGAGUGGCCCGUAUCCAGAGCUUGUGGGCUGCCUCAUGUACCUGAUGACCUGCACUCGACCUGACCUUGCAUACCCUCUUAGCAUCCUUGCACGCUAUGUCGCUCCUGGCCGUCACAGGAAGGAGCACAUGGAUGCCGCUAAGAGGGUGUUGCGCUACUUGUGCAGUACGUCGGGCAUGGGGCUAGUGCUUGGAGGGCGAGACCGAGUGGUACUUACUGGACACUCAGACGCUUCUUGGGCGGACGACCAGGCUACUCAGCGGUCGUCUCAGGGUUACACCUUCAGCCUUGGCUCCGGCUCAGUUUCUUGGCGUUCUACACGCUCUUCUUCUGUUCUCAGCUCCAGUUGUGAGGCUGAGAUCUACGCCACAGCCAUGGCUGCCCAGGAGCUACGCUGGCUGACCUACCUGCUGACCGACCUGGGAGAGCGGCCUCGUUCUCCUCCAGUGCUGUACGUCGACAACCAGGCUGCCAUUGCCUUGUGUGAGGAGCACAGACUGGAGCACAGAACGAAGCACAUUGCCCUGCGGUACUUCCUUGCUCGAGAGCUGCAGCAGCGUGGUCAGCUACGUCUGCGUUACGUGGCCACUGAGGCCAACCUUGCUGAUGUGUUCACCAAGGCGCUUCAGCCUUGUGACCAUCAGCGUUUCUGUACUCUUCUAGGCCUUGUGCCUGCUGGACCUCACUUGCUUACUUCUUGA